AUGGCGGUCAUUGACCACAAUGUCGUUCAUCCGGUUUCUGCGGUUCAUUCCCACCCAGGUCAUCCUAGCGAGGGUUCUCGUGCUAUCCACAACAGUACUCCGAGUCUUAUAGACCCUGUGCACUUGGCCCAGCAUAUGAACCGGCUUAAUGUCGACGGAGAGAGAGUCGCUCAAAGAAACAAGCAAAAUGCGAAAUCCUCUCCGGCUGUCGAGUCUAUCCCACGUACUCCCUUGUAUCUGGGAUACAUCUUCUCCAAGUCAAGCGCCACUCCCGGACAGAAACCCACGUGGGGUCGUGCUGAACGCUCCCCCCUGCAUAUGAGCCAGACCGAACUGCUCAAAAUGGUCCAGAAGCGAGCCAGCAAGACCCCGUCCGACCAGCAGUAUAGCGUUCUAUCAAAGGUCAAGCGGGCCCAUGUGGAGCGCUUGCUUGAGGAUCAUCGACGAAACGAUCCUCGCUUUGAUUGGAGCUGUGUCUAUGCGAAAGAAGAGGAAAGGCCAUUCAAGGGCAAAAACUCUCGCCGUGGUGAUUACGAGACCGUCGCUGUGGAGGUGAUUAUUAUGAGAGUCCCAGCGGCCCCGUCCAUUCCCAAGGCGCCCACGAAUGGAGCUGUCCACCCCGAGCACUUUAAGCCAGAGGAGAGAGUCAUUGAAGAGACCAAAACGCCACUGAACGAGGAAGAGCCCACGCCGGUCAACCAUAAUACUCACCACACUGUCCAGUGGGCUAAGCCGGAAGUCCAAUAUGCGCCUGCAAUGAUGAAUCCCGUCCAGCGGCCACAUCCCUCCCAGUUCCAUCAAAACCCUCCCCCUCCCCCGCCUACUCAGGGUCCUAUGAUGGACAGAAGGCACCUUCCACCCCAAGGUCCAUGGCUCCAAAUGCCCCCAGUCGAUGUGCACCAACAGCCGGGCUUGUUUGGAGUCCCUAGAGCUGAUUUUGGUAACGGCCCAAUGGGAGCGCCGAUUCAAAGCGGCCCCCGGCCUGCUCCGCUAGGCCCCGGUAUAGCGUUUCACCCAGGACGGAGACCUGACCAUGGCCACGCCCCUUACGCUGCGCAUGCCAAAAACGGGUUCCCAAAGCCGGACUUUGCCAAUGCGACUGUUCAUCAGGAGCGCACUCCUAACCCAGUGAAGGUGUCCGCGCCUGCUGAGCGCUCUCCGGAGCGACCCGUUGACCGUCACGUCGAACGUCCGAUUGAACGCCCUAUUGAGCGCCCCGUGGAGCGCCCCGUUGAACGUCCCAUCGAGCGUCCUAUCGAGCGCUCCAUUGAACGUCCCGUGGAGCGCCCUGUUGAGCGUCGCGCUGAAUCCCAGCCAGGAUUGCCUCUUAAGGAUAACCCAGUAGAUGACGAUUCAGAACUCUCUGAUUCUGAUGAUGAGAGUAUCGCGACAGAGGAGUCGGAAGAGGUCGCAGAAAAGUCUCAGCCAUGGCGUGGAAGUCUGUAUCGCCGGGACUCUUCCCCCAAACAAGACGAUGAGGAUUUAGAGUCGGCCUACCGUUCUCACUCUCGAAAGCAGCCCAACAAGAAAAAUGCUCUUGUGGUCAAGCCAGCCCAAAGCCGCUACCAAACUGGUUACGCUGAUGUAGUUCCGGAGACCAGCAAGGAUACCAGCGAACAGUUGUUGAACGAUCAACCUCGGGACUUCGCUGUGCAGGGAACCCGAGGUCGUCCCAAGGUUAUCCAGGAGUCCGUCAGUCCCACUCUCGUAGACCCAGCGGUGCAACUGGAUGACAGGCUCCGGGGACGAACCCGGAAUGACAUUCGAACCCGAAUUCUCGAUGAUCGGGAAGCACGACUCGAGCGCCGAGAGAAAUUGAUCGAUUAUCGUGCCCGGAUGCUUGACGAUAAACUCGAAGAAGCACGUUACUUGGACCGAUUCAUGACUUUGCGCGACCCUUCUUAUUUCUGUUCUCAUCGCCAUACCCACGGUAUGAGAGAUGGGUUUUAUUAA